CGUCCGCGGCGCGUGAGUCUUCUUAGCGUCGCUGCGUGGAAGUUUGGGUUCCGCGCGAUGUUUCUUUCAGCCCCCGGCUCGCCUCAUACUCCAGGCGGUGGCGGGUCAGGCCGCAGAGGCCUCCGGGCGGGAGGUAGGAAGAAUCAAGCCUCGGCAGCCUCGUCAGUCAGUUCCCCGGCGCUCUUCUCGCCGGCGACCAGGAGGAACCUUGGUUCUCUGUCUGCGCGAUGUACACCCACAAAAGUUGUACAUCAUCCAUCAGGAAGUGAAACCAUCAAUUAUGAUGUCAGAAAAUUUGGUUCACCUCUACCAGUAAAGAUUAUGGAGGCAUUAAGAAUGGCUGAUGUUGAGGACCAUUUAAGUGUGCAGUUAGAUGCAAGUGGAUGGGCUUGGCUAGUCUACAAAGACAGAUUGAUUAUUUGGAAGUUCGGUCAGUCACCAAUCGCUAAGCUCUCUGUAUGCAAGGAACUGCAGUUGCCACCCAGUGAUUAUCUGUGGAGUUCAGGCUUAGUAGCAGUAUCUUCUCUUAACACCCCUGGUGAAGCACUUUCUUUACAGGCUCUGUCAGUAAUGGUUGCCACCAGUGAAGGAUCAAUACGCUAUUGGCCCAGCCUUGCACAUGAAAGUUCCUAUACUGAGACGUAUACAGAAUUUGGAGGUGCUCUCUGCAGUUUUCUCACAGCUGUAAAGGGAGGAAGCUUUAUUUUAUCAUCUUCAAGGAGCCAGUUCAUUCGACUGACACCAGACAAUACUGGUAAGAUUCAUCAGCAUGGUCUACCACAAGGACAAGGCAUGUUUUCUGGAAUAGGCCGGAGAGUUUCUUCUUUGCUGGGAAUCUUGUCUCCCAGUAGUGAUGCAGCACUUUCUAGUAUUCUUUGGGACAAAAACAGUUCAAGAUUUUAUGCAGUGACGAGCUCAAAUCUUUACAAAUGGGAAAUAGAUGAUACUACUGAGCGCCAAGUUCUCAGUUGGGAUAUGAAUAGAAUCCUUAAAGAAAGCAUCAUGGAAUCAAUAUGGGGAUCCGAAAGCAACUAUGGAGACAUUAAAGGAGAUGUUAAUGUGCAGUAUUUGGAUCUGCAGCAAAAUCGUGAUGGACUGGUGAUUUUGGCUGCAUCUUGGCAUCUUGGCGAUAGUCCGUGUCUCAUCUACUAUAGUUUGGUAACAGUAGAGGAUAAUGGCUACCCCAUAUCUGAUAAUGUUAUUGUGGAGGUCACCCAGUAUAACCCACCUUUUCAGCCAGAAGAACUGUUGUGUCGUUUAAUAGUCCCAGAUUUCUCCAGCCAUGCUGCCUGUCUUUACAAAGAAGAUGAGGUUUUUGCUUGUUCAACUGGAACAGGAAGAACAUCCUUGCCACAGGAGAAAAUUGUUUUCAGUGCACAAGGUGAUAGAAUUUUAGGAGCAGGUUCCUCCUCUACAGGACUUCCAAUAUUUUUUGCUAGAAAAAGUGGACUUGUAGCCAUAUAUUCGAGGGAAACCAUUUCUGUGCUUCCUGAAGAUGUUGAGGAUUCUUUAGCCUCCUCUGUAGCUGACCCAAAUGAUGAGAGUACUGCAUUUGAUACUGCUUCCAGGUUGGAUAUUAUAGCACAAGAGGAUAAAACUAAAAUAUUAAAAUCUGCUUUCUUACAGUUUUGCAGGCAUGAUGUGAGGGGUUCACAAGCCAUAAUCUCUGAGCUCUUCCCCCAACUAGCAGAAUUGGGUCCUAAUGCUGACCUGGAUAUAGCUGUGACUCAAAUCAGUGAGAAUUUGAUGGAUGAUUAUCCUACAUCUGACCCACGGUGGGCUGAAUCAGUACCUGAAGAAGGAGCUAGUUUCACCAACCAAUCCAUCAUUCUUCUUCGCCAGCUAGAAAAUAAGGCAAAAGCACAUUCUCUGUUUAUUGACUUUCUUCGUCAGGUGGGUCUGUUUGGACAUCUGGGCAGUAUUCAAGUAAGAGGCAUGCCAAUGGCAACUCGGUUGUUACUCUGUGAACAUGCAGAAAAGUUAUCGGCAGCCAUUGCUCUCAAGAACCAUCAUUACAGAUUGCCGGAUGUGGUGAAUGCUGCAAUACAGAUUGCUUUGAGCAAAAGAGAAAGUGACGUUCCACCAAGUCUAACGCCUGCAGAUGUUUUCUUCAGAGAGGUGUCGCAGAUAGAUACUAUUUUUGAAUGUUUACUGGAAAAGGAAAAGCAAGUCUUGAAGGACACACCAGUUCAGUCUGAGGAAUGGGCUGAAAUAGUUAUCAAUAUAAACAAUAUCAUAAAGGAUAUGCUGCAAGCUGCUAUCCAGGAUCGCCAAUCUAAAGCCUCUUUAUUUAAAAUAAGAGAGCCCCCUGAAAUAGAACCGGAGUAUGUUCCAUGGACAGCAUCUGUUGGUGUGCGAAUGGCAAUAGUCCAGCAACAUGAGAUCAUCCUGAAGAAGGUCUAUCCUCAGGUGAACAGUAAGCUUCGUAGCACAGUCACAGAACAGCUGGUGGCACUAUUAGAUUGCUUUCUGGAUGGUUAUGUUUCUCAGCUUAAAUCCGUGGACCUGCCUGAGUAUCAGGAACGAUACAACAGUCUGGAAAUGGAAUAUAUACAGAGAAGAUCGGAACUAUUGUCACCGCUACUUUCACUUGGGCAAUACCAGUUAGCUGCUGCUCUGGCAGAAAAAUAUUGUGACUUUGAUAUUUUGGUACAAAUGUGUGAGCAGACUGAUAACCAGCCUAGAUUGCAACGUUACAUGACCCAGUUUGCUGAUCAGAAUUUUUCAGAUUUCCUUUUCCGUUGGUAUUUGGAGAAAGGGAAACGAGGGAAGCUGCUAUCGCAGCCCAUUGCUCAGCAUGGCCAGUUGGCCAGCUUCUUGCAGUCUCAUGAGCAUCUCCGUUGGCUACAUGACAUCAACAGUAAUGAUUUGGAAAAGGCUCACCGAACACUGCAGAAUUUAGCAAAUACAGAAACACGGUACUUUGCGAAGAAGAAAACUCUUCUUGGUUUGAGUAAACUGUCUGUACUGGCUUCUGAUAUAUCAGAUGUGAUAGUAAAUGAGAAAAUUGAAGAAAUUACUGAACAAGAGCGCUUUCUGCUGCAUCAAGAAACACUACCUGAACAGUUGUUGGCUGAGAAAAAAUUAAAUCUCAAUGAAAUGCCUGUAUUAAGUGCCCCCCAGCUGAUUGAGUUAUACAUAUGCUAUGAGAACAGGAGGGCUAAUGAAUAUGACUUCAAGAAGGCACUUGAUCUGCUGGAAUAUAUUGAUGAGGAUGAGCAAGUGGACAUAAAUUAUCUUAAAGUUAAAAUACUCUGCAAAGCACUUCUGAGAGAUGGUUGGUCCAGUUCAGAAGGCAAAGAUGAUCCAAUUGAAGCAUCUAAAGACAGUAUAUUUGUGAAAAUAAUACAAAAGUUGUUAAAAGAAGGAGUUCAGCUUAGUGAAUAUCUACCUGAGGUGGAGGAUUUGCUGCAAGCAGAUGAACUUGGACACUUAAAAUCCAAUGCUUACUUUGAAUUCAUACUGAAAGCAAAUUAUGAGCUUUAUGUCUACAGGCAAGCAUAACAAAAUUUUGCGUUUUAGAAAGUCAGUUUCUAAAGAAUUAAGCAGGUUUUUUUAACUUUUUGUAAUAUUUUGUAAUUAAAACGUUUAAACAAGAACAUGUCUAAUCUAGACAGUCAUGGCUGAACUGAGCUGUUAACCUUUUUUACAUUAUGCAUUGUUUUUUGCAAUAAAGUAUUUACUCUAAACUACAA